AUGCAUAAUGAUUUAGAUGCACUAUUAAAGACGAUGGGACAUAAAUCGAAAAAAAUUAUUAUUCUUGGAUUUAACUGGCAUUGGCAAGCUAUGGCACAAAAUAAUAUAUAUACUCUAGUCAGAUUCACUCGAACAACCAAUUAUAUUGUUGCUGUAGGUGAUGAAUUGAGUUUACUUGUCUGCAUCGAGCUAAAUCUUCCAUGCUAUAAUGCAUCAUCACAUAUGUUGAAUUUUCAAAAAAACAUAUCUAUCACACAUGAAGGUCUUUUCAAUGAUCCAUAUUAUUUAGUCAUUGUAUGGUAUUUAAUUCCACUCUAUUUGGACAUUCUUCGAAAAGGGUUCACAAUAAUGAAGAGUGAUAUAGACAUAAGCUAUGCUGGCAAAGAUAUUUGGAAGACGUUUGAAUUAAUGAUUGAAAAAACGGGAGCAGAUCUUAUAUUCAUGAGGGAACAUCCAAUCAAUACAGGACAAUUUUAUGCCGUUCCUAAUGAUCGAGUUAUAGCAUUUUUUGAAGAAUGGAUAGCUUCACAAAGAAUGUUCAAAACACAGAACGAUCAGCAGGCAUUAGCAAAUCUGAAUGAAAAGACUUAUAUGACUUGUCAUUCGAAAGAGACGUGUAGCCGUGUUCAAACACUAUUGAUGAAACAUAGUCCAGAUUACCAACUUCGUACUAAUAACUAUACGAGGAAAAUGGCUGCUGUAUUAACCUAUCCAUCAUCAUUUACUCGAUUCGGUGGCAUAUGUCCUCCGACGAGAACUAUUAAUCCAUGUGAUCAAGACGUUCUCUAUGUGCAUGUGAUCUGCAUGACGGGUGCUCAAGCUAAAAUAAAUAAAUUAAAACAACUCGGAUUUUGGCUUAUGACAGAUCCUUGCACGAUGACAAAACCUGAUGCUUUGUUUGGAUCGUCGAUGUUUGCCAAUAUAUCACUCACUCGUUGUAUUCCAAUACCCCAUUUGUGGUCAACAGUUGAAAACUCCUUCUUACACUGCCACAACGCCGAUUAUGUCAUAUCCAUGUCAUAA